AUGCGGCUUCUUCGUCUGACCUCCAACAUAGGCAACAUUAUCAGACUUUUUGAUGGCGUUGACUAUUGUGUGAACCUUUCAGAGAAAUAUGGUGGGGCGGUGAGACUCCAUGGGCUAUAUGGCGUAAGUCUAUUCACGACGUACAUCAGCGAAACUGUCUAUGUGUCCGAUCCACGUGCAUUGCAUCACAUUGUAGUCAAAGACCAGCAAAUAUUUCAAGAGCACGAAGACUUCAUCAUGUCAAACAAACUUGUAUUUGGUGAAGGCCUGAUAUCCACCAUUGGAGAGCAGCAUCGCCGACAACGCAAACUUAUCAGUCCCGUGUUCUCGACGUCAAACAUGCGACGACUCCUCUCCACAGUAUGCCAAAUCACUGAUAGGCUGGCAUCCACCCUCGCAGCUAAACUUCCUGCUGAUGGCUCACACAGCGAGGUUGACGUCCUUACAUGGCUCUCCCGCUGUGCCCUCGACAACGUUUGUCAUUGUAUCCUUGGGUAUACCUCCAAUGGCCUCUCAGCUGCAGAAGAUGACAUGUACACUGAAGCACUGCGGUCGGUCGGGCCUUUAAUAGGAAAUCUCUGCUUGCUACGGCCGUUUGUGUCAAUCGUCACGCGUUGCUGCUCGCUAUACUGGGCAAGGAAAGUUCUUGAUUUGGUCACGGCGCCCUGGAUCCCGACAAAGUUUAUGAGAGACAUACGGGAGAUGCGCCGCGUUGUCGAGACCAUGGAUUCUGUCAGUCGAAAAGUACUUGCAGAGAAAAAAGCGGCAAUGGAGGCGGAGGAUAUGUUAUAUGGAGACAGUGAUUCGAUACCAUCGAUGAUGGAUAUCAUGCUUAAGGCCAAUUCCGUGUCAUCCAAUGCAACAAAGCUUACGGAUGCUGAACUGCUGGGACAAAUGAACGUCAUGAUAUUUGCUGGCCUCGAUACGACUACUUCUGCACUUGCCCGCUGUGUGUACUUGCUCGCCCAGCAUCCUCGCGUUCAAGCAAGACUUAGGAACGAAAUUAGCGACGCCAUGAAGUUCUCGAGACAUCAGGAAGACAACGACAUCCCAUCCGCCGAACUGCCCUAUGACGUCCUCAUGAGCCUCCCCUUCCUCGACAGCAUCGUAAAGGAGACCCUCCGUCUCUACCCAUCGCUCCCACUCAUGAUCCGAACGGCGACCAAAGCAACCACCCUUCCUUUACAUUUCCCCACGCGCUCACGGUCCGGUGAGCACACAUCCGUCGUCACAAUCCCGCAGGGGACCGAUGUAAUCAUCUCCAUCCUUGCUGCGAACCGCCAUCAAGGUAUAUGGGGUGCUGAUGCAAACGUGUGGCGGCCUGAACGAUGGUUGUCAUCACCCCUGGCAUCCACGUCGACAUCUGCGCCUGUUCUGGGCAUUAAGGAUGGUGUGCGGUUUCCUGGCGUGUACUCUAACAUGAUGACGUUUCUCGGUGGCAGCCGCUCCUGCAUCGGGUUCAAAUUCGCUGACAUGGCAAUCAAACAAGUCCUCGCGACGCUUGUGCUGCGUCUGCACUUCUCGCUUCCGACGGAGCGGAAUGCACAAGGGCAUGUGAAGGAGAUACAAUGGAAGCUCAGGGGGUUUCAUAUCCCUGUUGUGAAGGCCCCUGCUGGUGAUGGCGUGACACCGCAAUUGCCUCUGAAUGUGCGGCUGGUGAGGGACGAUGAUUUUGUGUGGUAGGUUACAAUAUGUUAGAGUCGGGAGAGGCAUUGUGGAUGGCCAGCGGGACGCAAAUUGUUAUUGAACCUCAUGGUAGAUCUGACGGUAGGGAUGAUCAACAAGCAGAGAUUAGAUACAACAAACUCAUCUGGCGCGGAUUGUGUAUAAAUGUUACAAGUGACUGCCGCUGCGCGGCUUGCCUUGUAAAAGGGUUCGAAUUCUGUGCGGGUUUGCGUUCACUAUAGAAGAUUUCUUUGUGGAUCGA